AUGAAACCAGGAAACCACACAUUCAGUGUCUCCGAAUUCCUCCUUCUGGGCCUGUCUGAGCAGCAGGGACAGCAGCCUCUCCUCUUUGGCAUCUUCCUGAGUAUGUACCUGGUCACCCUGGUGGGGAAUGUUGUCAUCAUCCUGGCCAUUGGAUCUGAUCCGCACCUUUACACCCCCAUGUACUUUUUCCUGGCCAACUUCUCCCUCACAGACCUGUGUUUAUCAUCUACCACGGUCCCUAGGAUGCUGGCGAACAUCCUGGCCCACAGGCACACCAUCACCUAUGCUGCAUGCCUCUCUCAGAUCUACUUCUUCCUAUGGUUCAUUGGUUUAGAUGUUUUCCUCCUGGCGGUGAUGGCAUAUGACCGGCUUGUGGCUAUCUGCCACCCGCUUCGCUACGCUCUGGUCAUGAGUCCCAGAUGCUGUAUCCUGCUGGUGAUCACAUCCCUAAUCCUCUCUCAUUCAUACUCUCUAACCCACACCAUUCUCCUGGCUCAACUAUCCUUCUGCGCAGACAACAUCAUCCCUCACUUCUUUUGUGACCUUCUUCCCCUGUUGCAACUCUCCUGUUCCAAUACUUAUGUCAACCAAUGUGUGCUGAUAUACUGGGGAGGGGCAUUAACCAUCCUGAUCCCCUUGCUAAUCAUAAUUUCUUAUAUCCGCAUUGUGGCUGCUAUUGUGAGAAUCCCAUCAGCAAGUGGGAAGUGGAAGGCCUUCUCCACUUGCGGCUCCCACCUCUCAGCAGUGUGCUUGUUCUAUGUGUCUGCCAUUGGGGUGUACUUCAUUCCCUCCACUGAUGAUUCUGCCAGCAAGGACAGGAUUGCAGCUGUGAUGUAUGCUGUGGUGACUCCCCUGCUGAACCCAUUCAUCUACAGCCUGAGAAAUAAAGACAUGAAGAGUGCCCUGGGGAGACUUCUAAGCCGAAGGGCACUGUGA